GAUAGAACAACUCCAAAGAGAGAAAUGGAGGAGAAUGGGCAGGAUGAAACUUCCAGUGACUGGUUCAAGAUCACAGUUCCUUGUGGGAGAAAGUAUGACAAGACUUGGCUACUGAAUUCCAUCCAGAGCCAUUGCAGUGUUCCUUUCACCCCAGUUGAUUUCCACUACGUGAGAAAGCAUGCCAUAUUCUUUGUCCAGGAUACUGGCACUGCAUCUGCAUUGAGGGCUAUCAACUACAAGAUUUGUGAUGAAGAGAACAAAAAGAUACGUAUUUUUGUCAGACACUCUAUUGUACCCCAUUCUGUACAGAAUAAGUUGAGGCCAGAACAAAUGAAACAGCUAAAGCGGACCAUGAACAAACGAUAUGAUUUCUCCCAGCAAUCUCUUGACCUCCAGAGCUUUCGCUUUGAUCCAGACUUGGUGGACCAUGAUAUUGACAUGAUCUUGAAUCAAAGAAAUUGCAUGGCUGCCACCCUGAAGAUCAUUGAAGAGAAUUUCCCUGAGAUGUUGUCCUUGAACUUGUGCAGCAACAGACUGUACAACCUGGAUGGGCUGUCUGAUAUUAUACAGAAAGCCCUCAAACUCAAGAUCCUGAACCUCUCCAACAAUAAGCUGAAUUCGACGUGGGAGUUAGAGAAGAUAAAAGGGCUGAAGCUGGAAGAGCUGCGGCUACAAGGAAACCCAUUGUGCAACAACUUCUCAGACCACUCCAGCUAUGUUAGUGCCAUCCGGAAUUGUUUCCCCAAGUUGUUAUGCUUGGAUGGCCAGCAGUUACUCCAACCAGUUACAGUUAAAAAUGAAACUCCUGAUAAAAUGAAAUCCUGCCAGGAAAGCUAUAUAGUAUCUGAUGCCCUGAAGAAUCUAAUCUUGCAAUUCCUCCAGCAGUAUUACUGGGUCUAUGACCAUGGGGACCGCCAUGGUCUUCUGGGCGCUUACCAUGAUGAGGCUUGCUUCUCACUGACCAUUCCCUUCAACCCCAAGAACCCAGCUCUAAGUAGCUUGGACAAGUACUCCAAGUAUAGCAGAAAUAUGAAGAAAUGCAAGGACCCUGUCCUGCUUGUUCGGUUGCUGAAACAUGCAAACAAUGACAUUGUUGACUUCCUCAAUGUGUUGCCCAAAACCCAGCAUGACCUGAACACCUUCCUGGUGGAUAUGUGCAGCCAGACGGAGAAGAUGGUCUGCUUUUCGGUCAGCGGGCUGUUCAAGGAGGUGGAAGGAGUAUGUAAUGACAGAAUUCGUGCCUUCACCCGGAUCUUCAUUACUACUCCUGUUGGCAACUCCGGAUUACACAUCAUGAAUGACCAACUGUUUGUGAGGGAAGCCAGCCCCAAAGAGACUCAGAGUGCUUUCUCCACCCCAGUAUCCACACCCUCCUCCAGCUCCGUGUACACCCUCUCCCAGGAGCAGCAAGAAAUGGUGCAGGCGUUUUCCACCCAGUCUGGGAUGAACCUGGAGUGGUCUCUGAAGUGCCUUGAAGAAAAUGAGUGGAACUACACCAGAGCUGGACAUGUCUUCACUACAUUCAAGGCUGAAGGCAAGAUUCCAGAAGAGGCUUUCAAACAAAGUCCUUAA